CUAUCUUAACCUUCUUUGGUUUGAUUUGUAUUUAGUAGAUCUUGAUGUAUUUUCAAUACAUACCUAAGGAUUUUGAAAUAACUCCAACAGUUAGGGGUAAAGUGAAACUGUACAGAAUGUCAAAAGUCACUUCAGUGUCAAAGAAAUCCAGUGCAAAAGCUGAAGAGAAGGAUAAUUGCUGCAAAUACUGUGACAAAGUAUUUCGUUUUCCUUCAAAGCUUGUUAUUCACUUGAGGACACAUACUGGAGAAAAACCCUUUCAAUGCUACAUUUGUGACAAAUCAUUUACUACAAAUAAUAGCUUAGAAUGUCACCAAAGAAUCCACACUGGUGGAAAGCCAUACAAAUGCGACAUUUGUGAUGAACCAUUUACUAAAAAUUAUAGCUUAAAAUGCCACCGAAGAAUACACACCCGUGAGCAGCGAUACACAUGCAAUAUUUGUGACAAACCAUUUACUAGAAAUGGUAGUUUAAUAUAUCACCAAAGAAUUCACACCGGUGAGAAGCGAUACACAUGUAAUAUUUGUGACAAACCAUUUACUAGAAAUGAUAGUUUAAGUCGUCACCAAAGAAUUCACACUGGUGAGAAGCCAUACAAAUGCGACAUUUGUAAAAAACUAUUUACCACUAAUGGUAACUUGAGCAGCCACCAAAAAGUCCACACUGGUAAGGAGCCAUACAAAUGCGACAUUUGUGACAAAUUGUUUUCUUCAAAUUGUAACUUAAGGCGUCAUCAAAGAACUCACACUGAUGAGAAGCCAUGUUAAUGCAAAACUAGUAUAAAAACUUUUAGAAAUCGAGGAAAUGUAAACAGCAGUAAAAGAUGUAUUUACCCGAAACCAACGACAAGAAUAUACUGAAGUUUUACCAGUUAAAUUCAUUCUGUACUUUUCUAACCACUACCUUACCUUAUUUACUGUCAAAUUUCCCUGUGAUGUUGUGGUGACAUUUUUUGUUACAAGGCUACUCAUUAUGUUGUUAAACUUUCAAUAUUUGUUUUGUUAAUUUAAAGUGAAGUUGGUUCAAUUUAUUGUUUGUGUUGCCUGAUAGCACAAAACACUGGGUUCUAUUGUGUUCAUGACCAUGUACUUUAUAAAAACCUACUUUACAAUCUAAA